GGGAAAUUUAAUAACUUCUGAUGCGAUCGUCGACCUGCAAGCGUGGUGGUCCGCCAUAGCUGUCUUUAUAAUCUGCGAGCAAAACAAUCGACUGAGAUAGUCUCGGGCACCAUGAUUUGUUCGGGCAGGACAAGCACUCUUCAGAUCAGUAGUGAACAUUUAUGUGGAAGGGGCGAUCGGAUGAUCGGAGGAAGCAGGUUCUCCAAAAGCCCUGUGAACCUUUUGACAGGCGGCAUGCCCGUACCUUUCAAGACCACGAGGUCUUUGAUGCAAAAGCAUUGCAAUUCGAGACUGUUCAGAAAACCUUCAGACGACAGACGAUCACGUCUGGGUAUCUUUGAAGUCAAAGCAGAGGAGGGUCCGAGCGAAAGACAGUUCUCGCAGGCCGCCAAAAAGGCCUUGCAGAUCAACCUGGACCCCAAGUGGUAUGGGUCUUUUGCUGAGAUUGGAGCAGGUCAGGAGGUGGCGAGGUGGUUGUUCAGGGUGGGUGGAGCAGCGGGCACCAUUGCGAAAUCGGUGUCAGCGUAUGACAUGACCAUCUCCGAUUCAAUGUACGGCGCAGCCAGGAGGUAUGUCACUCGUGAGCGAGUGGAGGCCAUGCUGGACUAUGAGUUUCUGCAGUGCAAGCUGACUCUGCGCAAUCAGCGCGGCGACAACACAAACUUCUUCGCGUUUGCUGACACGCUCACCACCAAGGCCUUCAAUCGGGACAACGAGUGCCACGGCUGGCUCGGCAUCAAAUACCAGACCGCGCCUAUGUCGGAGCCCAACAGCGUGGUGAUCCACAUCCGCAUGCUGGACAAGUCUGCGCAGCUGCAGCAGGAGGCGGUGGGAGUGCUGGGCAUCAACCUCAUCCACGCCGCCUUCUACAUGGGCGGCAACACCGGCGCCAUCAUCUCAUCCCUCCUCAGCGAACUCAGCCGCACGCGUAUUGAGGUGGACUUGAUCUCCUUCCAGGGACCAUCAUUCAAGCACGUUGACAACCGCGUGGCAGCGCUGAGGCUGGUGCAGAAGGGCUUGUGCGAUGCCGCCCUCUUUGACCCUUCAGGCGAACUGCAGAUUCCCCAGGAGACGCUCUACAAGAAGAACGUGCUGGUGGUCCGUGGCCGCUUCCGGCCCUACACACUGCUCCACAACGACAUGCUGCAAGGGGCAGCAGCGCAGUUCUUUUGCGAGGUCCCGUCGAAGACGGGCACGUCGACAGACACCAACUUGGCCAGCGAUACGUAUGACGAGUGCGUGUACAGGGAGGACACCCUCGUGCUCCUGGAGCUCACCACACGUGACAUGAUGGAGGGCGGGGAUCUGCUGGACUGGACAACGGACCACGGCAUUCAGGAGGACGCGUUCAUACAGCGCAUUGAGGCGCUGUCCACGAUGGGUUACAGUGUGCUGCUGUCCAACUACCGCCGCUACUUCAAGCUCGCCACUUACCUGGCCACCUUCUCCCGCGAGUCCAUCGUCAUCGCCAUCGGCCUCCCCUCCCUCAUUGAGCUGUUCAAGCUGAAGCACUAUAAUGACUUGGAUGGAGGCAUCCUGGAGGGUUUUGGCCGCCUGCUCAAGUUCGACCUGAAGAUCUACGUCUACCCCACGCUGGACACCAAGACUGGCGAGGUCAUCACAGCAAAGAAUGUCAAGGUGGAGCCGGAGGUGCAGAAAUUGUAUGACUACAUUUAUGAGAGGGGCACCAUCAUUCCCAUUGAGGACUACUCGGCAGAGCUGCUGUCUGUGGGCGAUGUGUCCAAGCGCGUCACUGAGUCCAUCCGCUGUGGCACUGACGAGUGGGAGUCCCUGGUGCCGCAGCAUGUGCGCGAUCAGAUCAAGACUCUGCACCUCUUGGGAUACCGCGGGGAUUCGCAGAACGGAGGCCACCAGAAUGGCGCAAAUAAUGGAUCCUACAAGCCACAGAAGGCUCUGGGCGCUCCUGCCGGAGCAGCCUAAGGCAUAUGUGAUCCCAGAGGGGAAUUGUAUAAACUUAGAUUUCUACUGACGUAAGACCGCAAGGAUUCGUUAGACAGGCACGACGUUUUGAUUAACCCGUAUUUGGAAUGCAGUGCAGGAUUUUGUCCAGUCCGAUGUACAAUAACAAGUUUCAGGCUUUCAAGAGAUGGAAUGCAUUUUCUAGGCACCUACUUGAGAAUGCUGCAUGUUGCAUGGGAUAGCCAUGUUUCUUGCAGCUCUUCUGGUCAUCAACGCAUUUUUUAGACCUACUCCAAUGCUGGCAUGUUGUGCUUCACUAGACAAUAUGUUGAGUAUUUGGAUGCAGAACAUUUUUUUCACCUGCCCAGCAUAAAUGUGUUGUAAAAAGUAGUGGUGGCC